AUGAAGUCAAAUGACUCAUCAUUACCGGACAACGUUCCUCUCCAUUGUCCCGGUCCACAAAGCGCGUCUGCUGGUAAAGCAGAUUCAUGCACCGGAUGUCCGAAUCAAGCUAUCUGUGCAAGCGGAGCAGCUAAACUCUCUCUAGAGGAACGCGAGCCAGAAGUUGUCGCAGAGCUGCGUAAGAGACUUGGUCGCGUUAAGCAAUGUAUUUUCAUUCUCUCCGGUAAAGGUGGAGUUGGUAAAAGUUCUGUCUCGGUCUGCUUGGCUUGGGCUUUGUCUAGGCUAAACCAAGGGCAUGAUCAAAUUGGACUUUUAGAUUUAGAUAUUUGCGGUCCAUCAAUUCCUUGUCUCAUGGGUUGUUUAGAUUCAGAGGUACAUCAAAGCGCAGCCGGUUGGUCGCCGGUUUAUGUGACGGAUAAUUUGGCCUUGAUGUCUGUUGGCUUUCUGACUUCCCCAGAUCAGGCUCUUAUUUGGCGGGGACCUCGCAAAAAUGCCUUUAUUAGUGACCUCCUUCGCAAGGUCUCUUGGAGUGAAGAUGAUGAAAUGUCAACUCCCCUGGACUUUUUGCUAAUCGACACUCCUCCAGGAACAUCAGAUGAGCAUCUCUCUUCAGUCCCAUAUGUAAAAGCAGCAGGGUGUCCUGUGGCUGCUAUCAUAGUCACAACUCCACAAGAAGUUGCCCUUUGUGACGUGCGGAAGGAAAUCAACUUCUGCGAAAAAAUUGGUCUUCCAAUUAUAGGCAUUGUAGAGAAUAUGACUGGUGUUAGAUGUCCGAAGUGCGAAGUCUUUACAGAAAUAUUUCCCAAAACAACCGGAGGUGCAGAUUCAUUGUGUGGAUUGGAGGUCAUGGCCAGAAUUCCACUUGAUUCGAGAUUAACGCGGUGUCUCGAUGAAGGGCGGUGCCCCUUGAGCAGUGAAGAUGGCGAUGCUUCCAGUGAUUUGGAGGGCGUCAUGAAAGUCUUCGCUGAUUUGGCCUCAGCUAUCAAAGCAAAGUUAUCCGCAUCCCAUUCCUGA